UUUGACAGUUCAUCGCGAUCAAUACAUUCGGGAGAUUUCCUGCCUACUAUUUAUCCCAAUAAAUUACGUUUAUUAGGAAAAAGGGGCGUUAGACACACUUUAUACGUCGGCAACACGCACUAGCAAUAUGGGAGAUCCGUGGGUGAUACAGCCGCAUGAGCAUGCAAAGUUUGCAGAGCACUUCCGGAACCUCGGCCCGGCUAAUGGGAACCUGAGCGGGGAGCAGGCCAAGCGGUUUAUGUUGCAGUCUCAACUGCCCCCACCAGUACUUGGCCAGAUAUGGUCUUUGGCUGACUGCAAUGCCGACGGGAAACUAGACCUCAAGGAAUUCUCUAUUGCUUGCAAGAUAAUCAAUUUGAAACUGCAUGGUAUUGAAGUACCUAAAGUCCUGCCGCCAUCUUUGCUGGGAUCACUCAGUCCCACAGGGCCCCCAAAACAAGCGUUCCCAGCUCCAGCGAAGCCCCCAAUACCCCCCAUGCCUUCAGUCCCCCAACAACCCCUAAUCGGGGGUAUGUCACCGCAAGGGGGUAUGCCACCACAAGUAGGAGGUAUACAACAACCAACCCAGUCACUACUGGGUGACUUCGGACAACCAUCACGUCCGGUCGGACCUACUGUACCCGACCUCAUAUCCGGUGUCAAACCUAUGACCCAACCUAUGGGGCAACCACAAAUGGCUCCAGUUAUGUCAACCCAACCAAUCAUGCCAGCGGCGCCUUUGAUCCCAAGUCAACCAAUGGCCGCUCCAAUGCUACCAACGCAACCUGUAUUACCAAAUCAACCAAUAGUGCCGAAUCAACCUUUGGCACAAACUAUGGGUCAACCAUUAGUGCCAAAUCUACCUAUGGCACAACCAAUAGUACCAAACCCACCUAUGGGGCAAUCAAUAAUACCAAACCAAGGAAUGGCCCAGCCGUUGGUGCCAAAUCAACCACUCGUAGGCGCAGCGCCAUUGAUGUCAUCCCCACCCCAGCCUCUAAUAUCGGGGACGACCAUGGGCUCUUUGGUUAGCAGCCCGCCGAAGCCUGUGAACACGGUCGCGGGUUCAAUCCAGCCUGUUACCAGCACGCCCAUUGCGGCUGUUAAGGCUGAAGAGACUUCUAAGCCAGCGUCAUUGGCAGGCUCGGCGCACGUCUCAGCCGUUACAAGUCCCGUAGAGCCGCUCGGCGUCAUGAGCCCGCCUGCCGUCGCUGAGUGGGGCAUCCCACAACCGCAGAAGCUAAAGUACACCCAACUCUUCAACGCAACAGACUUGCAGAAAUCCGGCUGGGUCUCCGGAGCUCGUGCGCGCUCCAUCAUGCUUCAGUCACGCUUACCUCAGGCUGCUCUGGCCCAGAUAUGGGCGUUAGCGGAUUUGGACUCGGACGGCCGGCUCGGUUGCGAAGAGUUCGUGCUGGCCAUGUAUCUGUGUGAGAAAGCGACGCAAGGCGAGCCGGUGCCCGCCAAGCUGCCGCCCGAACUGAUCCCACCUACGUUCAGACGUCAGUCCGUGACUAGUAUCACCAGUAACCAGUCUUACGAGGAACGUCGCAGGGAAAAUAUGGCGCGGGGACAGGCUGAGUUGGAGAGAAGACGAGAACACUUGGAGAAAGAAAAGGCUGAGCGAGAACGUAAGGAAAGGGAAGAGGCAGAGAAAAAAGAAAAGAUAAGAUUGGAGGCGCAGAAGAAGGAACAAGAGGAAUUUAUGAGGAAACAGAAGGAAGAACAGGACAAACGUGAGGCCGCAAGAAAAGAGAUGGAGAGGCAAUGCCAACUAGAAUGGGAGAAAAAGAGAACACGGGAACUGGAAGCUCUUCGCACCGAAGAGCAAACAAAAGUCCUGAGCCUCAAAGCCAAGAGCCAGGCUCUAUCGGCAGAGCUGAGCACUGUUGCUACCAAAGCUGGCAACUUGGCGAAAGAUAUACGCAGCAGUCGGACUGCUGUCGCUGCUGCUAAAUGUACUAUUGAUGGCAUGAGGUCGGACCGUGACUCGAGCAUGGCCGAAAUGCAACAGCUUAAAGCGCGAGUGAAAGAGCUCAACGCGAAGCAAAUUGCCCUUAACAAGGAGAAGGCUGAUCUCGAUGCCAAGGCUAAAGCGUCAGAGGGCGCUGGCGAAGAUGGCAAACUUAGCAUGAUGGAGGUCACACUCAAACAACUACGUGAUAAGGUGGAAGCAGCAAAGGCGAUAGUCGAAAGCAAGAAGACCGACCUUGACACCAAUCAGACACAGCUGUCAGAGUUGACAGCGAGAGUGACAGAGCUCGGCGACAAGUGUCAGAAGGUCUGGCAGCUGUACGAGGAGAAACGACAAGAAUACUUGGAGCGGAAGACCACAGCACCUGCUGAGAGCGCCUGGGGUGCUGCCGAAGCCGACUGGGGCACGUCAGACGACGCGUGGGGCGAGCCGGCCGCGGAGUCUGCGUGGGGCGACGCCCCGCCCGCUACAGCGACAGAGACGGUGGCAUCUACUAUCACAUCAUCAUCAUCAUCAGCGCCCCGCUGGCGCUGCGUAUACGAAUUCACGGCGCGUACGGUGGAUGAAUUGAGUCUACAGUGCGGUGAUUUGGUGAGCGAAGCCGUGGCCCCGAGGGGCGACGCGGAGCCCGGAUGGCGAUGGGGUACCGCUAGAGGUCAAUCCGGCUGGUUCCCGGAGUCCUACGUGGAAGAUAUCAACGCAGCGUCAGCUUACGCCACCGAGGUCAUUGAACCGCUCGAAACUAAAACACAACUUGAAGGUAUUGCUGAAGUCCCGGAAGCUGAAAUCGCUAAUGAUCUUGGUGGGGCUAUGCCAAUUGUCGAGGGUGGAGAUUUCUACAUAGCAGCGUACCCAUACAAUUCAGCUGAACCUGGUGACCUGGUGUUCGAGGCUGGAGAGAGGAUCGAGGUCAUGCGGCGAGACGGCGACUGGUGGACCGGACGAAUUGGCAACAGAACCGGUAUCUUCCCAUCCAACUACGUGACCAAAGACGCGACCACGACCUCGGAACCGAUCGCGCCCAUACCGGAAGCGGUGGAACCGGAACCGGAACCCGAACCCGCGCCGCAGCCCGCGGCUGUCACACCGGUGUUGCCCACCGAACCGGUUCAGGAGCAAAAAUCCUCCACGCCAAUCUCGUCAGAAGUAGCCGCGAUUACCGACAACGCGUCCGUACCGCGACCAGCGUCGGCGGCUCGGCGAGAUUCUGGUCGCGAUUCUGCGACUGGACGCAGGAAGGCCGAGGUGGCUCAGGCUAUCGCUGCUUACACCGCUACCAGCACCGAACAACUGUCCCUAACCAAAGGCCAACUCUUGGUGGUCCGUAAGAAGGCCGACACCGGUUGGUGGGAGGGCGAACUACAAGCUAAAGGUCGUAAUAGGCAAGUCGGCUGGUUCCCUGCAAGCUACGUCAAGGUGUUACAAUCUUCGGGCCGCACGUCGGGCAGAACGACCCCCGUGCUAUCCUCUAAAAUGGACGCCAUGCCAGCCGAGACAGUCAUCGAUAAGGUGAUCGCCCUGUACCCGUACACGGCUCAAAAUGCUGAUGAGCUAAGUUUCGAAAAAGAUGACAUCAUUGCGGUCACCGAUCGUAGUCAAGAUCCUGCUUGGUGGCAAGGAGAACUUCGCGGCAUGACAGGAUUGUUCCCGAGCAACUACGUCACUAAACUAGUGAACUAAAUCACCAAAUUACUUAAACUAUGUCACCAUAUUUAUAAACUAGACUAUAGUAGAUCACUACAUUUAUCGUUACCUAGUUGUUUAUAUGUAAAGUCUUUUUUUUUACCGUAGACAAAAAUGACAACCACAAAUGUCAAACGUAGAAAUAAUGUGACCAGCUUGAAACAAACAGUGCUGAUCUUUGAUUUCGGUUCGUGAAUAACCGAUAAAUAUUAAAUUAAUUUUAGAUUCAAAAUAAACCUUAAAUGAAAUCUACUCGCUACAUGAUAGGAAAUAAACAAUAAAUAAAAUCUACUCACUACUAAUCUACUCAAACAUUUAAAAAAAUGACAUUGACGUAUCGCCGACCUGACGCAACGCCAUUUUGGUUUACGUUAUGGAUGGUAUAGAAAGGAUGCACAUCUCUUAUGGCAGAAUUGUUGCAAAAGUGACCGCUUUCAGCUUUAAAUAAUAGUUCCUAAUCUCUCCGAUGGCGCUAGUUAGGCUCUGGGACACCUGGGACAUAAGCCAUAUAAGGCAACUAAUAACCCGACCAAAUUACGUAGGUUGUUUUUGGUAGUAUUUCGGUGUAUGGUGGCGCCGCCUAAUUACUGUUUUUUGAUGGACACUUUUCAUACAUAGAGAUUUAGCUCCUUUAUAUAGUCUCCAUGAUUUACGUAUUCGACAUUCGUUACUUUUUUUUUAUUAUUACAAAAAGGCAAGCAUUUGACCGCAAUCUCACCUGAUGGUAAGUGCCGAUGCAGUCUAGGGUGGAUCAUGCUUACCUAAAAGAUGUCUAUUCACUCUGUUACUUUACUGGUAUAGUGAUCGGAUGUAUUCAGUGCGUUUUCUCUCGUCUUCAUCAACAAAUAAGUACCUCCUAAUAGUUUAUUGUAGUGUAGUGUAUUGUAGCACAUCACUAUUUAUAAGAUUUAAAAAACUAGCAACACAUGAAAUGUCAUUUUAGUCUACGGAAUAAAAAAACCGACUAUAGAAACAAUAAUUAUUGUCAAUAUCGGGAACGAAGCAUUCUAUUGUAUUCCCAUUUUGUAUCCGCCAGGCACAAAUGGGAAUAGGCAACAUAAAUCAUUCCUAUUUGUCCCACCUCAUGUAUGGCGGUUACGUAGGAAGGAGACAAAUGGGAAUACACCAAAUUUUCGAUUGACCAUAAACUAUGUUGUACUUCGCCACAUGAGGUACAGUGAGCUGCGAAAUUGCACGGAGAAAUUAUGAAUGAAUUCAUUGAUAAAGUCGCCAUGCACUUUUACGGCUGAUGAUACAUUCGGGUAAUCUCGAAUACUUUAUAACAGGGACCGGACAACCCUUUCCGCGAUAAAACCCUUUCAAUGGGCGACACUUAAACACGGCUAACACAUUGAAAGACUUUCCCUUUUGAACUGCAAGCCCAUUCAUACCCUUAUCUUUGACUAACCCUUACCGAAAAGCUAACCAAAAAUAAGGCUAGCUCUUAAUAAGGGUUACCCUUAUCUUUAAGCGCUUUUUAUAAAGGUUUCCCUUUGCGUGAAAGAGACAGGAUUAGUAUAUAUCCACGGUAGUGUAUGAAAAGGAAAGAAAGUACGUGCCUAGUCAAAGAACGCCGCCGUCGCCGCCGACGAUCGCGCGGAUUCGAAGUAACGUGUGCUUUAUGAACGAGGUAGACGACUUAAAUUAGCACGCUUAUAUGCUAAAAGGGAAGCCCUUUAUAAGGCUAACCCUUAUAAGCAAUAUGCAAGGUGUUGGUGAGCGGAUGAUAAGGGUUUUGUAAGGGUAUUUGGGCUACCGAUUACUCAAAUGUGGUAGCUUUUAUAUAAGGGUUUUUAAAAGCAAAACAAAGGGUUUCGUCUGACAAAGGGUAUGGUGAGUUAAGCCUUAUGCAAUACCCUUAUAAAACCCCGAUAAGGGAUAGCGGGCCGGUCCCUGCUUUAUAAUGUCAGGUGAAUCCGUAAAACACCCCUUCACAUAAUUAUAUUAACCUUUCAUGUGUGCGGUAGUCAAAAAUAGUUGGUUCAAUUCAAUCUGUUCUAUACAGCACAAAAAUUUACUCGAAAAAAAUCACAAUUUAAAGUAUUCGGAAUUACCUUAAUUGUUUCCCCUAUUUUAUAUCCAGCAGAGUCAACCUUGCCGUACAUUUUAAACCACUUCAUAAUAUGCCUAUAUAGUAAAUCUUCACUAUAAUGUUUGUAGUAUUGUAAAUGUUUAAAAGUAGAGAUAUAAUACUCAAACCUAUGUAUCAUGGAGACUAUAUAAAGGAGCCAAAUCUCUAUGUAUGAAAAGUGUCCAUCAAAAAACAGUAAUUAUUUAAAGCUGAAAGCGGUCACUUUUGCAACAAUUUUGUCAUAAGAGAUUGACAUCCUUUCUAUACCAUCCAUACUAUGUAUGUUCCAAAAUAUUCAAUUUAUGUCAAAAAUAAUCAUAUAACUUGUUAUAAUUAUAGCG